AUGGAGGACUGCGAGGAUGACAUCUACAUUGUGGAUGAUGUGGAGUACGCGAACGAAGUCGCCGCGGCGGAACUCGCCGACGAGCUGCUCGUGCUGGACAAGAAGCAGAACCUCAUCGAUCACUGGAAUCGGGUCGGGUCAUUUCUCACAAAGAUCAAAGACGAAUCCAAAGCACGGACGACGCAUUGGUGGUGUCGGCAUCGAUACGCCGAGCUCAGUCGAUUCAUGUUGCGACUGGUGUACUCGAGAAAGGACAACAGUGCCACGUUGCAAUGGAUCAAGGAAAGUCACCGGCAGUUGGGACUCUGCACCGAUUGCAUGCAGGGAUACCAAGAUGCAUUGACGCUUCUCGCGGAGGAACUGAAGGAGGAACUCGGCGUGGAUGGCACUAAGAAGGCAUUCCAAAUCCUCGUGGACUUUGACAUGAUGCGUUUCAAAAAGAUAUGGUCCCGAGGCGCAGUGGAAAAGAGCAUGAAUGCCAGGGAAAGCAAGGACCAAGUUACCAUGGCCCUGUACGAGCUAUUCUCAUCUCCCCGAAUGCUGCGAGAUAACCGUUUUCUCAAACCCUUGCAAAAGUGGAUAUCAGACGUACCAACCGAAGUCCAGGAAUACUGCGAUUUUGCCGCGCUGUGUUCGUUGCCUGGGCUGUUUGUCUUGUCCAUCUGUCCCGACUCGACACUGCGGUCGUGGAGUGCCCAGAAAGCGCCGAAACAGACGGCCAAACUCAACUCGUCGCUGAUUACGUUCAUGGACGAGCUCAUGUACGUGCUGGAGAACGACGCAUUCGACAAGCCGUGGACCGAGAUGGACGUUCCGUCGACAGCCCAUUUUGAUUUGUUUGUCACCCCUGGGCAAUGCACGAAAUCGCCGACGCCCCAGGUGUUGUGGGCGGGCUUGGAUACACUCUUCCAAGCUCUGGACGAACCAAGCAAAGAAAAACUGCUCCGACGAUUUCACAAUUUGCCAGAUCUUGUGUUUUCAUGUCUACAAGAGGCGAGUCCCCACCAAUCACAUGCCUUGCCCCUACAGGGUCUCUUGGUGGUGUCGCGAUGCUAUCGCAUGCUGUUGACCACGUUAAAGUAUCGGUUUUGGGAGCACACGUCAUAUGAACCGACCGCCGUGUUAGACGUGAUUCUCCGCCAAUGUCAAGAUAAAGCGUGGAAAGAGUUCAUCGUGAUUGGGUUUCUGGAGCUGUUGCCGUCGUUUCUACGGUCGCUGCGCCCCGAGUACGACGGCGACAUUAUGACGUACGUCGACGAUGACAAGACGCUCACGUACUUUUCGACGCGGAAGUCCAUCUACACGUUUCUUCUCGCAAGCCAGCGCGUGUAUGCCAGCCACGCGGUGCUGCAUCCCACGGCGGUAAAGGUGCUGUACACGAUCGUUCGGGAAGCCUACGGGGUCCCUCAAGCCUCCACCACCACGGCGAAAGAUGGGGACCUUCCGGGCGACCAUACUGUCGAAAUCAUCGCGUCCAAACACACGUAUUGGUGGCCGUACCCCACGCCAGAAAAGCUGGACGACGACGCGCGCAACUCGUCGUGUUUUGCUUCGGAAUGGAUGGAACACCUGUUCAACACGCUCAAAACGUCGCCGCUGCUGCAACUGGUUGAUGCCGCGUCGGCCACGAUCACACUGGUCCUGCAAAAGCACUUGUACUUGAUCCGAGACGCGUUGAUCGGGGGCUUCGACGUCCCAGGCCUACUCCGUAGUACAUGGUUGCUCGACAACUUGUGUUCGUGGAAAGACGUCGAGAAGAUCCCGCUCACCGUCCACGCGGCGCUGUUUGAAUGCAUCGGGGUAACGGCCCACCUGUGCCACGUCGUGCCAGACUCGGCGCACCUGCGGGCGUUUCAAGAUCGACUGGUGCCGUACUUAACUGUCAUGACGCACGAAAUCGCCGACAAGGGGCUGUUCAAUGUGCUCAAAACCCCCGUCGUGGCGCAGCACAUGACGAUGUGCUUGAUCUCGACCCAUCCUACCAUUCGAGCAAAUAUCAAAACACUGGUCAUGCAUGGAGGGUCGCCCGCGAAUACGUUUGUGAACAAGAUCUCCACCGAGCCGAUCAACGUCUCGUACAAACGACUGGUGGAAAUGAACAUUGUGCCGUUUUGUCGUGGCAUGAUGUCCACGUUAAUGUACAUGCGCAGUCAAGGUCACCACGCGGGUGUGUUGAAGGAGGCGCUCCAGUAUUGGACGUACGUGUUGGAGGGAUUGCCCGACGGUUUGUUUGCCGCGAUCGUGGCCGCGUCCGAGAGCAAGUCCAAGUCGGGCGCGUCGCUCGUCCGCUUCCCACGCCUCCUGCAUGACUUCUUUUGCCAUGCGCUGCAAACAAGCGACAAGGCCGACGAGUCGUACGGCGUUCGAGUGCUGCGAUUUCUCAAGGUGCUGUGGCGGUUUUGGUGGGUGUUUCGUCCCCGACAGCACAAGUGCACAGAGUACGCUGGCAACCGCGUGCUCCUCCUCUUGCUCAAACAUACACUGCUGCAUCCCAGCAUCACAAUCCAAAGACGAGUCGUGGAGCUGGCGACGUACAUUAUCGGCGAAUUGGGCCAUGCCAAGGACUACGACUCGUUUCGCCUUGAUUCGCAUGUCCAAGCCGAGGUGUUGGCAUUGUCCAAGACGUGGCAAACCACGGCGGAACCGAAUGUUGUCAUGAUUGACGUCUGGAACGCCCCCACUGAACUCGCCAAACUCCGUGUGGCGAUCGAGACACUGUCGUCGGAAAUGCAACAGCGCAAGGCUAAAGUGAUGCAAGUUGACGAGGAUGACGACGACGUGGACGAGUGGAACUCGCGCCCGUCGGCAUCGUACAGUCCAUGGUGUGCAAAGCAACGUCGAAGGAACGCACGACAAGGCGACAAUGCGGUCGAGGUAUGGCACCCCGCAUCGUCGGAUCCGUGGCAUCCCAAGCCGAAGCGAAACAACGUGUCGCAGUACGAUACAUCCAAAUUCUUUGGAAACAGUGCCAAGACAAAGCAAGAUCGGCGACAGGAGCGCUGGGACGAGGCAGAAAGCGAGCUGGCCAAAGUUGGCAAGGAUCAACCGCCCUGGAUGAAACGAACGUCGUCCAAGGGCAUGACGACGAAAAUGACAGCGGACACGGUCAAGAACGCCCCCUCGCAGCAAAAUAGUUUUUUUGACGAACCCGACUACAAGAAACUCGCCCAGGACCUGGCCGCGUCCAAAGUCCGACAGGCCGUGCAGGCGCGGGCCAUCCGAGAAGCCGAAAUGAAGGAGAUCAUGUCCCACGAUGUCGCCCCCACGAAGGUGCGGCCAUCAGCGUCGUCCUCGUCCGCCCGACCAAACCACCCGGCGCCGGUGACCACGGAACCAGCCAUCCCAGUCGAAAACUACAAACUGUUGAGCGUGGUACGUCAAAUCCGGACCAUGCGCACGCCGAUUGCUCCGGCAUCGUUGUACCCGUUUUUCCGCCAAGUGUUGUUGCUGGUGUCGUCGAUGGCAGAACGAAGUGACGAGCACGCCGAGCUGUUCAAACCGGGCGUGAAUUUCAAGAGUGCAGGGGCGUACCAUGCAGUGUUUGCGCCGUUGAUGCUUGAAGAAUGCAAAAGCGACAUGAGCGAAGCAUGGAACAAGAUCGGGGCGUUGCAACCGACAAAGCUGCGCCUGCAGUCGGAACAAUCUCGAGACAGCAUGCGCUUGAUUGUAGUGUCGUGUUCGAUAAAGCAAGCCAGGAACUUCCGCAACCACGACGUACUGCACUUGCGAGGCUUGAACAACGCGGAUGCUUUUGUGGGGAUCUUUCUCAAGCCCGAGCGCAAAGACCGUCAGAAACUGAAUCAAAAACCAGACUCGAACGGAGGCACGGACGUGCAGAUCUUGAUUCUGUCGAGCGACGACAUGACGCAAGACGUGAUGCUAAAUUCCAUGGACGAAUUUGACGGCAAAGUGCUGGGAAACCUCACGACCGCGGCCCGCGAGUACGUGGCCAUGAUGGCGUUGGACUUGCUUCCCAUGCACUUGCGCAAGGUCGUGUUGUCCCCAGAGUCGUGCCAGUCGACCCAUACUGUGUUGAUCUCGAUGGUGUCGGACUUUGACAAGUGGAAAGAGUCGCCGGGUGAAACGUCGACAGAUUUGUUGAAGCGAGGCUUGAAGCGACUGAAUAAAAUGUCUAUUCAACUCGAAGACUUGAGGGCGACGAACAUUGGGGUCGCGGUGCGCAAGCUGAAAAAAUACAAGGCGGACGACACGAUCAAGGCCAUGGCACACGAGUUGAUGGGGCGGUGGCAAAAGCUGCUGUCGUCGACGACGGAUGCGUUGCACAGCGCGCCAGUGUUUGUGCCGCAGUCGUUGUGGGAUGUCCUUCGUCCCAUGUACAACAGUUCGCAACUGCAGUCGAUUCACUCGGUCCUGAGCAAUUACGAGUCUGGCGUGAGUCUGUUGCAAGGGCCACCAGGGACUGGGAAGACCAAAACCAUCUUGGGCCUGGUCAGUGGUCUGUUGGCGAUCCAGCUACCGGCGGCAGCCAAGACCCAGAUGCCCAAACCGGCCAUGCGAUUCAACGUCCAAAGCGACGCUGUGAGUCGAACAAGCAUCCAACAAAUCAAGAACCAGUCCCUUGGUCGCCAGCGGUUGAGCAGUGUCAUGGCCGGCACGUCCAGUCGCAUGGGCGUAUUGCAACGCGUACCGCUAUCUUCGUCGAAACUUUUGUCGGAAAAGAAGGUACAGUCCAAUCACAUUCUCAUUUGCGCACCGUCCAACGGCGCGGUCGACGAAUUGAUCGCGCGUCUUGUGGCCGACGGCCUCGUCGGCCCCGACGGAACGCAAGUGCAAGUUGUGCCCCCGACUCUUCAUCGCGCGUCGACAUUGCCUGUGGAAUGCAACACCACGGAAAUGACCAUUGUUCGACUGGGGGCGACUGCGGACACGUCUUCAGAUGCGAUCAAGCGCGUGUGCUUGAAAUCUGUGCUGCGCCGAAACAUGGAAGUGCACCCGAAAUUCCAAGCGUGGAAUGGCUUUGUGAAGCGGGAAACCCAACUUCGCGAGUCUAUUCGAGGCUUUCACGCGCAAAAAGACCCCGACUUGAAAAAGGACAAGCGACAGAUGACCGUGUGGCACCGAGAGCUCACCGAAGUGCUGGGAAAGAAGCGACGAUUGGAAGACGAAGUACAGAGUUUGGAGCACCAGAUCACCACGUCGCUACUCAUGCAAGCCAACAUCAUUGUGUGCACCUUGUCCAAGUGCGGGUCCGGCGAUUUGGACGCCCUCACACGCGGGUUUGACGCUGUGAUCAUUGACGAAGCUGCCCAAGCAGUGGAACUAAGCACGUUGAUUCCAUUGCGGGAACGGGUGGCGCGGGUCAUCUUUGUGGGCGACCCCAAGCAACUCCCGGCGACAGUCAAGAGUAUGCGCGCGCAAGAGUACCAGUACAAUCGGUCGCUCUUUGAACGGCUGGCAGAAGGCGGGAUGCCCCGAGCCAUUCUUCGGGUCCAAUACCGCAUGCAUCCAUUUCUACGGGAAUUCCCGUCCAAAUGCUUUUACGGCGGUAUUUUGAACGACGGCGACGUGAUUGGCACGCGAGUUAUGGCGCUCGGCGACACGGUGUACCGGUAUCCAUGCUUUCAGCCGUUUUUGCUGUUUGACAUUGAAGGACGUGAAACGAAUGGCUCUGGCGGAUCCAAGUGCAACAUGGACGAAGCGAAUUUUGGCAUGGCGAUUGUGAAAUUGCUGUCUCAAAAGGUUUCGCUGGUGAAAUCCAAGCGAUGGUCGAUUGGGUUUAUCACACCGUACAAGGAACAAGUCAGCACGGUGCAGCUAUUGAUGAAGAAACAAGGCUUUCACGACGUCGAAGUGAACACGGUGGAUGGGUUUCAGGGACGAGAAAAGGACGUGAUUAUCUUUUCGUGUGUGCGAACUCAGAGCAUUGGGUUCCUGCGGGACAUUCGUCGCUUGAACGUUGCCAUGACCCGGGCUCGGUACUGCUGCUUUGUUCUUGGUCACGUGCCGACGUUGAAGCGAGAUCCAACAUGGCGGCAGCUUGUGGACAGUGCCGAGAGUCGCCAACUGCUGGUUCGAGCCGGCCGACGGGGAUUUGACGAAGUGGUCGAGCGCAUGGACCGCGACCGGGUAUUGAACGACCAUUUUGCAUCCAUGCAUGCUGCUUUGAAGGACAAGUACACUGCCAGCGAAACCACCAAACGAAAGCGGUCGCCCAGUGUCGAGUCCAAGGAUCGAACUACCAAAGUGUCGAGGCCGGAGAAACAAGCACCUCCGCCAGUGAAAACAGACAAGGCCAACGACGCAACACGUGAUGAACCUGUGUGGAACACACUAGCGCGAGGCCGCACCAACAGCGUGACCACUGUGGUGGAAGACUAACACUACUGGGAAUUUCCAUAUAUUAUUAGUUUGAAACGGGAG